GCAAGCUAUACACUAUACGCGCUGUAUUCCCUAUGCACGCUAUACUUCACCUACUGUGAGAAGUGCUGCUUCCCCCAGCAGUCAGAAGGCAGGCAGUGCGAGGCCUGGUGGAAACUUAGCAUAUUCCUUGAAAUAUAUCAAGUUGAUAAGUUGCUGCCUUUUUGCACAUAAUUUGGAAUAUGUGGAAGAACGUGAGAGAAGGUUCCAAGGUGUUCUGGGGAAUAAACAAUAUAACUCGCAGCCACAAAUCCCACCUUGCAUUGUCAGAAUUUGUCCCUGCAUGUCCCCCACCAAAUCCUCAUCAAGUUGAACAACUUCAGGACUUUGUAUCUCAAUCCCAGCGUCUGUUUGUUAUGACUGGAGCUGGAAUCUCCACUGAAUCUGGAAUCCCAGACUAUCGCUCAGAAGGGGUCGGGUUGUAUUCCAGGACCGAAAGAAGACCUAUCCAGCAUUCAGAGUUUGUCCAGAGUCAGGCUGCAAGACGGAGAUAUUGGGCUCGUAACUUUGUAGGAUGGCCUAGCUUCUCUUCUCAUGAGCCAAAUUCAGCACAUGUCAAUCUAUGUAAGUGGGAAAGAGCUGGGCGAUUGCAUUGGCUAGUGACACAGAAUGUGGAUGCAUUACACACCAAAGCUGGGCAGUGCCGCUUGUCAGAAUUACAUGGAUGCACUCACAGGGUGAUAUGUCUUGGCUGCCAGACAGUGACUAAAAGAUCAGAGCUGCAGGAAAGGUUUCUGAAUCUCAAUCCAUCCUGGAAUGAGCAGGCACAUGGGUUGGCUCCCGAUGGUGAUGUCUUUCUGACAGAUGAGCAGGUGUCAGACUUUCAGGUCCCAGCCUGUACCAAGUGUGGGGGAAUCCUAAAGCCCCAAGUCACGUUCUUUGGAGAUACUGUGAACCGAGGGUUUGUGUUCUCCAUAUAUGAGCAAAUGAAACAGGCUGAUGCUAUGCUGAUAGUUGGGUCCUCACUGCAAGUUUAUUCUGGUUAUCGGUUUGCACUUAAUGCGAAAGAACUACACCUUCCAAUUGCAAUUCUCAACAUUGGACCCACUCGUGCAGAUCACUUAGCAAAAGUUAAAGUCAGUGCCCGCUGUGGAGAUGUAUUGCCACACAUAUUGCUACAGGACCAAUGGCACAAAGAAAUUCAAAGCUAAUUAUAUUCACUUGGGGAAUAUACAAAAUAGGGAAACCAGAUGACGUGGUUUUCUAAUUGACUUCAGAUAAUUUAGGCCCAAGAUCUGAAGGCAGAAGAAGAGACUUAAAACAACUAUAAAAAAAGGCAUACAUUGGAAGAUCAUUCAAGACUAUGACCCAUUUGUAUUCAGGUAGACAGCAAUGUUGUGGUUUUGGCAUAAUUCCAUGUUAAAGAGCGAUGGUGAACAAAAUUACUUUUCUUUUUAUUUCAAGGUCGUGUGUUUUUUUAAACAGUGGCUUGAAUUAGGUGCAUGGGCAUUACAGCUUGCAAGAAGCACUAUAUUAUGCAUGCACCCAGGUUAAGCCACUGCAAGGGACACCUACCUGUGAGCACAGGAAAGUUGGCUACACCCUUCAACAAGGUGCUUAGGGCUGGUUCCUUUUUUAGUAGAGUAGAGGCACACCAGCCCAGAGUAAAUGGUUCAUGACUUUGGUCUGCAAAGAGGCCUAACAAAUUGCUAUUCCCCAGUAUUUUCAAGUUUCUUGGCUUUUAUGGAUUAUUAAUUCCAUUUUACAUCUAUAGCUAAUAUAAUAAUGCACAAAACAAGAUAACUUUUAUCAAAAGGAGAAUGAAUACUUGUUUCCACUUGCUGCUGCAAAUCUUAAUAUUGCUUUAUCUAUUUAUUUUGCGUAGUGUGUAUGGAUGUUACUACAGGUAAGAAAUCUGUUGUCCAUGUUAUCCUGAAACCCAUUAUCCAAAAAGCGCUUUUUCCGUAAUAAUAAACCUUUACCUUGUACUUGAUCCCAGCUCAGAUAUAAUUAAUCCUUAUUGGAGGCAAAACAAUCCUAUUGAGUUUGUUUAAUGUUUAAAUCAUUUUUAGUAGAUUUAAGGUAUGGUGAUCCAAAUUACACAGUGAUUCCUUAUCCAGAAGCCCCCAGGUCCUAGGCAUUCUGGAUAACAGGUCCCAUACAUGUAUAUCACACUAAGUGAGGCCCUCAAACUAUAGCACUGCCACUUUCAAGACUACCUCAAGUUUCAUGUUGUCUUCAUCCAGACAAUGACAUUUUUUUAAUUGAUUAAUAAUUAUCUUAAAGGAGUCAUCUAUCAAAAGAAACAGGAUUUAUUGUCUCCUUUUUUGUAAACAUGUUCUUAGGGUAUCUGACUUCCUAUCCUUCAUUCAGGGGGCCAGGGUCUUCACAGUUCUCUCCUCGCUCCCCCCUCCCAUAAGAAUUCAUAUAUCUUACUCCCCCCACCAUUAGGAAUGUGUAAUCUGAGCUAUAAUUGCCAAGCUGCAAGCAGGAGGCUUUGAAGACCAAGCUGAAAUGGCAGCUGCAAUCUUGAACAAACAGAGAAACCUUCUAGGGCUGUUUACUCAGCUAUGAAAAAGCAUUCUGCAGAAUAAAUAUAGCAUUCUCCUUUAAAGCGGACCUGUCACCUUAAGAAAUAAUUCCAAAUUGUUUUCUGUUGUGGUUGUCAAGCAAAAUAAACUUUACUUACACUAUAUAAA